UUUGGAAACCUCUGAUCUCACAAGCACCAUGAACUCCAAAUGCGUUAUUCGUGGUUCUAUCAACAUUGAUGAGUUCUUCUAUGUGAAGGACAUCGUUCAUCCUGGAGAAACUAUAUCGUCUCAUAGACUAUCGAAACGAGCCGGAGGGAAAGGCGCAAAUCAAGCUGUAGCAGUCGCUAGGGCCGGAGCUUCCGUUGCUCUUGUGGGAUCUGUUGGUGAGGACGGUUGUUGGGUUGUCGAAUCCCUCAAAGAUUCCCAAGUCGACGUUUCGGAUAUCCAAAUUGUUACCGAAUCCAGCGGACGUGCCGUGAUUCAACUUGCGGAUGAUGGGGAGAACAGCAUCAUAUUAUUCAAAGGGGCAAACUACGCUCAACAUCCUAAGAAAUCUCUUCCAUCUGGGGCAACCCAUGUAUUACUUCAGAAUGAAAUUCCAUUGGAAGAUACUCUAGCUUACAUCAAUGCCGCAGCAGAGGCUUCCCCGUCUACCGUCACUGUUUUCAACCCUUCUCCCGUGCCUUCUGACGCAGAAAUAAAAGAGUUUCCUUGGGACAAGAUCACUUGGCUGAUCGUCAACGAAAGGGAAGCCUCCGAUAUCUGUCAGGCUCUCUUCAGUGGCGCUCCGCACAUCAAUGUACCUGGCAGUGGUGAGGCUGCAUGUGCCAACAUCUCUGCCUAUCCCAUCUUACUUAGGUUGUCCUCCCAAUUUCCCAAGACCAAUAUUGUUUGCACGCUCGGCGCGGCAGGAGUUCUUGCAUUGGUCCCAUCUCUUCAGGAUUCGACGGCCAGUUCCGAACCGAUCUUGCUUCCUGCGGCUAAGCUUCAGGAUGGCGUAGUUGACACUACAGGAGCCGGCGACUGUUUCACAGGCUACCUUGUCGCAGGGUUGAUGAAGAUGCAUGAUGAACGUUCAAAAGUGCUGCAGCGAAAAGAAGUCAUCUCUAUACUCAAGCGAUGUGUUCAAGCUUCUGGUAUGUGCGUAGAAAAGAGAGGAGCUCUCGAAAGCAUCCCGCACGCGAAAGACGUUGAUACUCGUGCAAUAUCGUAAAAAAG